CGUACACUCUUCCGUUCUAUAAUCCGUGUACAUGGUCGACGACGUAGACGUAUAAACUCGGGGUCCAUGUCAACAUAUAUGGGGACUUUAGUUAUUUCUGAAAGGAAUAUAAUAUAACCAGACAAAAUUCCUCCCGAAAAGGAAACGAGACCCCACGGUUCCGAAGGUUCUGCACAGGGCGGUUUCUCAGAGGUGUUCUACAUAGAAAGCUUUGAGGGCCUGUGUCGUUUAAAGAAGAAGUUUAACUUCAACGCAGAACCACCGUGGGAUCCCAGCUAGUAUCGGCUAAGUGCAGGUGUUUCCGUAGGCCAGAUUGUUUGUACAGCUUAUCUACUAUCUUAUCCAACUCGUUAGUCUAAUAGUUGUCCAACAUGAAACAAUACAUCGGAAAAAACUGUAUGGUAGAGAUGUUGACCUGUGAGAGGUCAACACAGAGUCUUAUAGAGGAGAAGAUUCUACUCCAGCAGCACGAGAAGAAGGAUGAUGCCUUUUUUGUCGCAGACUUGGGCGAUAUCUAUGAAAAAUACAAGAAGUGGAACAGGCAACUGCCCAGGGUUCGUCCCUUCUAUGCGGUUAAGUGUAACGAUGAUCACGCUGUGCUAAAGCUUCUGGUGGACCUCGGCUUGUCUUUUGACUGUGCCAGUAAGGCUGAGAUCCAAAAAGUCCUGGACCUUGGGGUACAUCCCUCGCGCAUCAUUUAUGCCAACCCAUGCAAGCAGAUGUCCUUCAUCAGACAUGCAGCCAAGAAUCAGGUGUCUCUGAUGACCUUUGACAAUGAGGAUGAAUUGAUCAAAAUCAAGGCCCUCUAUCCUGAUGCACAACUGGUGCUGAGGAUUUUGCCGCCAACCAACUUUAAGGUCCAGUGUGAGCUUGGAAUGAAGUUCGGCUGUCACCCCAACAAAGCCCGUCAUCUUCUGGAGGCUGCCAAGCGCUACAACCUGACCGUGGUGGGAGUUAGCUUCCAUGUGGGCAGUGGUUGUGAGGAGGCUAAUGCCUUUGCGGUAGCUGUAGAGCAGGCCCGUACUGUGUUUGACCAUGGCCUUGACCUUGGCUUUGACAUGAAGCUGCUGGAUAUUGGUGGAGGAUUCCCUGGACAGGAGAGUGCCACCAUCACCUUUGAGGAGAUCACCGAGGUUCUGAAUGUUGCUUUGGACAGAUAUUUCCCUGAAGAAGAGGGAGUUGACAUCAUUGCAGAGCCAGGCCGCUUCUUUGUAGCCUCGGCUUUCAGUCUUUCUGUCAACGUCAUUGCCAAGAGGGUGGUCGCUCGUGACCAGCAUGGAGAAAAUGAAGAACCAAUGGACUACCCGACGGCUGAUGAGGAACCCUCCCUCAUGUACUAUGUCAAUGACGGGGUUUACGGCUCAUUCAACUGUCUGUUGUACGACCAUGCCACUGUCACUGCCUGUGUACCCAAUGAGGUCGAUUGUGAUAUGACCUACACCAGCAGUGUAUGGGGACCCACAUGUGACGGUCUUGACUGCAUUCUAGAGGAAGUGAAGCUGCCGGAGCUUCAGGUCGGGAAUUGGCUUUACUUCGUGGACAUGGGAGCUUACACCCUGGCGGCAGCUUCGGGAUUCAACGGCAUGCCUGCCCCUCAGCGCUUCUACGUCUGCUCAGCCGAAAAGUGGAGAGCCAUUUACCCAGAGGCAAGAGAGGCGAAGAGUCUGCCCAUUAAGUCUAUUCCACAGAUGAAAUCGGGCCACCAGAUGCACGAGACUGCCAGUCUCCUUGGAACAUCCCCUGCUGAAGGAUUUGUCGUCGGUGAUCUGGACAUCUAGUUCUUUCAUGGGCCAAUACCAGUGCUCUAUGAUGACUGUUUUGUCCAGACGUUUUGGAAUCGUGUUCGCUUUCCAUAUAUAAGCUUCUGUGUUUGUGAGAUCACAAGACAACAUCUUCAUACCAUACUUUUUUUUUCUAGUAUUGCUGCCAUCAUAGUUGGCUAUUUCUUUUACAUCAAGCUUUAGGCAAAUUCAUUACAUCAUAGAUAUACACAAAGAGGUUGGAAGAGUCAGUCAGGUUCCUUUAUUCAAUUGAAUUGUUGAGUGAGAGGAAACCGUUCAAAUGAAAAGGAAAUCACUUUGGCUGCUAACUACUUGAAACUUUUAAGAGAAAAUACUACAUGAUUUUAAGUGGUGUUUGAGUCAAGUUACGGAUCUUGUCAUUAUAUGGAGAGGUGUCUGGAGUAGUGUAGAAUCGUUAUUUAAACUAGUCAUUGCAUUCACGUGCUAUAUACAUACAAGUUUUUAACAUUUUGUAACCAAAUUAUACAACUUGUGUAUUUUCUACUGCUAUUUUGAUUUUGUGACCAAACGUCAUCGGCUCAUGUCUAUCACUUCUUCUCUUGACUAACAGGGACCAUACUACAUCUCUGUUCAUUUGACUAAUCAAUUCAGUUCAAGGAAUGACAUUUCAUUCAUAGUUUUAUGGUUGUCUGUCAUCAUAGUUCAAACUAAACUAAAGGGUGCUUUAUAUUUGUGAAUUAAUUUGAUGAUGUCGCUAAUGUUGAUUAAUCCAUAACCCAUCGUUACUUCAUUGGUCAGCCUCAUUAUAUUGAAAUGUGGAUAAAGAGUGCCAUACUGAAGUUCGCGGAAGAUUCGUCACUGUAGAACUUGGGAAGUGCUAUAAUGAGAAUCCAGCCCGUUUUAUAUACUUUGUGAUAUGUUGAUCUAAGUCACGUUUGUACAUGUUUCAUCUAUAGACCUGAAGUCAAACACAUAAUACUCGAACCAACUGUAGGUGUAGUGGGAAAAGGUUGCAUCAUUAGAAAACACCAUCUCAUAACUAAAUCUUGACUCAAAGCUUAACUAAAUCAUGUUGUAUUUUCUCAAAUGUUCAUGGAUGUUGAAAUUUGAACUAUCUUACAUGGUCGCUGUGACACAUCUGGGACCUGUCAAAUUCAAUAUGAUACAGGGUCAACGACACCAUGUGACCCGUCGCUGACUCCUACAAACCAGGUCAAGGUCAUGGACAUUAAAAGUGACCAAUCCAGAUCGCUGACCUCUACCUGACAAGUCAAGGUCGCUAUGACAUCAUGUGACUUGCCUCAGUAACAUCUUGAGGUAACCAUUCUCUGUGUAUUUAUCUAUGAUAGUAGCUGAGCUGUACAAACGAGGGAAACACCUGCCAAAACCAUCAACUGGCCCCCCUUUUCAUUUUUUUUUUUCUUUUUCUUUCUUAUUUUAAAAAUAAAAUUUGCGUCUUUGAAUUUUCUGUUUGUUGCAGAAAUGCUAGAAGAGAAUUAAAAAAUGCAAAUGAU